AUUCAUGUUUUUCAAAUUAUAAGAAUUUACCUGAAUGAUACCACUUAUCGAUGGAUAUUAUUCGGGAUAUUUCGGAACGUAUUCAUGAUCAACAUGAAAGAUCAUGUCAAUCCUGAAACCUUUAAACCCAGAUGAGUGACACGUCUCCUGUCUUGGCUACCGUGGCAAAAACCCUUCAUGUCUGUUCUGCAACAGCACCAGGUGUAGAAAGCUGGUUACAUGCAUGAACCAUGUCUGUUCUCCACCGCCAUUUUUUUUUCCUUUUAUUCGGCCAGCCUAGCUAGCUUAAACUCUAUCCUUCACUAUCGAUAUCGAAUCUUAUCUUACUGUUGCUGUUUUUUAACUUCCUGUUUUUUGGUUAGAAAUGAUAGCUGCGACAAUAGUGGAUGAGCUGGGUAAUCCAAUUCAACUCACAGAUGAACAUGGCAACCCAGUUAAAUUAACAGAUGAACAUGGCAACCCCGUGCACAUCGCUGGCGUAGCCACCACCAAACAACCUCCAACGCUUGGCGAUAUAAUAAGUACUGAUACGGUGCCUGGUACCGGACAUUUGUCUAGUACUGCCAGGAGUGAAGAUGCAAUGAAGGGUGGCAUUCGGGAGACGGCCGGUCAUCAUGGCGAGGUUGCUGGUGAUCAGGGGGGACAUAAGAAAGAGGAGCAUGACGAGACUUCAUCUACUUCAAGCUCUGGCUCGUCUGAGGACGAUGGGCAAGGAGGGAGAAGGAAGAAGAAGAAGGGACUGAAGCAGAAAAUAAAGGAGAAAUUAACUGGCGGGAAGCACAAGGAAGAGCAUGGACAUACUGUUGACGUGCACACCACUACCACAGGUCCGGCUGGAGAACAGUACCAGGAACAGGAGAAGAAAAGUGUGAUCGAAAAAAUCAAGGGAAAAUUGCCUGGCCACCAUAGCCAUCAUUAAAGCAGCCUGCAUGUUAGGAUGGUCCAGUGUUUUAUGGUGUUAAUUUGUUGUUUGUGUGGAGGACAGGGAUGGUUGAACUGUGUGGAUUAGCUGGUGUGGUUAUGAGCUAUGUAAUAAUUUGCGUAGGCUACAUGUGUAUUAAGCAUGUAAUCAUGCUUUAGGUUGCAUAAUAACAGUGUUGAAAUCCCA